GGAAGCCCUAGAAGUGCGCGCAGGCGCACUGGCUCGCACCUGGCUCCCGCCAGCCGUGGGAUUAGGCUUCGCCGGCUACGAUUGCGGCCCCCAUCUUCUGACUUUUCCUCGUGUGACCCAUCUUUUCAAAUUCCCUUACCUGAGGAAGGAGCCCGAUUACAAGGAUAUUUCCCUGCUCCUACCCUGAUCUAGGCUCUCUGUUUCCUCGAGUCACUCCCAGAUUAGUGGUGUCUAGCUCAGCACUGUUUCUGUUAUACUUCAUUCAUAAUUCCCAGCGCUGUUGGACGAGGAUGGGAAGACCGCCUGUGGCCAUAAGCCCUCCCCGGUGCUCCUGGGGCUAAGGCUGGGGCUGCAGCCAUGGGGCUGGGUCAGCCCCAGGCCUGGUUGCUGGGUCUGCCCACAGCUGUGGUCUAUGGCUCCCUGGCUCUCUUCACCACCAUCCUGCACAAUGUCUUCCUGCUCUACUAUGUGGACACCUUUGUCUCAGUGUACAAGAUCAACAAAAUUGCCUUCUGGGUCGGAGAGACAGUGUUUCUCCUCUGGAACAGCUUCAAUGACCCCCUCUUCGGUUGGCUCAGUGACCGGCAGUUCCUCAGCUCCCAGCCCCGGUCAGGCGCCGGGCUCUCCUCAAGGGCUGUGGUGCUGGCCCGGGUGCAGGCCCUGGGCUGGCAUGGGCCGCUGCUGGCGCUGUCGUUCCUGGCGUUCUGGGUGCCCUGGGCCCCAGCUGGCCUGCAGUUCUUGCUGUGCCUGUGCCUCUAUGAUGGCUUCCUGACGCUCGUGGACCUGCACCACCAUGCCUUGCUGGCCGACCUGGCCCUCUCAGCCCACGACCGCACCCACCUCAACUUCUACUGCUCCCUCUUCAGCGCGGCCGGCUCCCUCUCUGUCUUUGCAUCCUAUGCCUUUUGGAACAAGGAGGAUUUCUCCUCCUUCCGUGCUUUCUGCGUGACACUGGCUGUCAGCUCUGGGCUGGGCUUUCUGGGGGCCACACAGCUGCUGAGGCGGCGGGUUGAGGCGGCCCGAAAGGACCCAGGGUGCUCAGGCCUGGUUGUGGAUAGCGGCCUGUGUGGAGAGGAGCUGCUUGUGGGCAGUGAGGAGGCGGACAGUAUCACCUUGGGCCGGUAUCUCCGGCAGCUGGCACGCCAUCGGAACUUCCUGUGGUUCGUGAGCAUGGACCUGGUGCAGGUCUUCCACUGCCACUUCAACAGCAACUUCUUCCCUCUCUUUCUGGAGCAUCUGUUGUCCGACCAUAUCUCCCUUUCCACGGGCUCCAUCCUGUUGGGCCUCUCCUAUGUCGCUCCCCAUCUCAACAACCUCUACUUCCUGUCCCUGUGCCGGCGCUGGGGCGUCUACGCGGUGGUGCGGGGGCUCUUCCUGCUCAAGCUGGGACUUAGCCUGCUCAUGUUGUUGGCCGGCCCGGACCACCUCAGCCUGCUGUGCCUCUUCAUUGCCAGCAACCGCGUCUUCACUGAGGGCACCUGUAAGCUGCUGACCUUGGUGGUCACCGACCUGGUAGACGAGGACCUGGUGCUGAACCACCGCAAGCAGGCAGCCUCGGCACUCCUCUUUGGCAUGGUUGCCCUGGUGACCAAGCCAGGCCAGACCUUUGCCCCGCUGCUGGGCACCUGGCUGCUCUGUUUCUACACAGGUCAUGACCUCUUCCAGCAGUCCCUCAUAACCCCUGUGGGGAGUGCCCAUCCCUGGCCAGAGCCCCCAGCUCCAGCCCCUGCACAGGCCCCGACGCUCCGCCAGGGCUGCUUCUACCUGCUGGUGCUGGUGCCCAUCACCUGUGCUCUGCUGCAGCUCUUCACCUGGUCCCAGUUCACGCUGCAUGGGAGACGCCUGCACAUGGUCAAGGCCCAGCGCCAGAACCUGUCACAGGCCCAAACCCUGGAUGUUAAGAUGGUGUGAGAGCUGUGGCAAGGUCACCCCACUGAGGAUGCUGCUGGCAGCCUGGGGGAGGAGCCAGUUUUUUUUUUUUUUUUAAGGAUUUCAUAGUUUUUUUUUUUUUUUUUUUUGGAGAUGUUGCCCAAAAAAAUGGAUCUGUUGCAGUGGUGCAAUCUGGGCUCACUGAAACCACCACCCAGGUUCAAGCAAUUAUCCUGCCUCAGCCUCCCGAGUAGCUGGGAUUAUAGGAGCGUGCCACCAUGCCCGGCUACUUUUUGUAUUUUUAGUAGAGACAGGGUUUCAUCAUGUUGGCCAGGCUAGUCUCAAACCCCUGACCUUAGGUGAUCAGCCCGCCUCGGCCUCCCAGAGUGCUGGGAUUACAGGCGUGAGCCACUGUGGCCAGCCUAAUUUUUGUAUUAUUUAGUAGAGACAGGGUUUCACCACAUUGGCCAGGCUGGUCUCGAACUCCUGACCUCAAGUGAUCUGCCUGCCUUGGUCUCCCAAAGUGCUGGGAAUACAGGCAUGAGCCACCGCACUCAGCCAGGAGCUAGUUUUACCAGCAUCCUGCUCCACUGCCUUCCUCUAGUGCAGCCUGGAAGACAUGGCAGCGGGGAGCUCCUGGGGCUGAGCCAGAAGCAUCACUGCAAUGAAAGUCUCUGCUUACCUGUCUGGCUCAGCUUGGGCAAGGGCUGGGCCAUAUGUGCUCAGGGACGUGCUUCUCUUCUAAGGCAGGAGGAUAGAAGAGGACCAAGAAGGGAGGGGGCUGCCCUGUGGUGCACACGGGCCUGCCAUGGGGCGUGGGAGCCCAUCCCGCUGCCUGGCCGGAGCUGGCCGCUGUGGUGGACUCAGGAACCACUUUUAAUACUGCAACUGCUCCCUUUUGCCCAGUCAGGGAAAGCUGUCUGUAAGUCCCACCUCCCCCUCGGUCCACCCUUCUAGUGGUUUCUCUGAGAGGUUUCUCUGCUUCAGCUGUGCUUGAAGUGGCAUGCCUCCUCUGCUGCAGGGCUCCCCCACCCCCACACGGCCUCUAAAGAUGUUUAUUUCCUUAUAGACUGAAUAAAGUCAGCCAUUCUCUUUUCUCAA